CUCGCACUGACCCUCACCUUCUUAUUUCCACCAUAACCACAAGCAAAACCAGCAUUGCUCACUACUAACCAACAAUGCACACCAAACCUUGCCUCGAACCAACACUCACAGCCCCAGAGAAGCCACAGAUCUGGCCAAAGAAGCCGUAGAUCUAGCCACCAAUGUCACGAAUCUAGCACCCUCUGAACGCGACCCCUCUCCAGCACCUCCGAAAAACUUGCUACUACGCAAACCAUGGCCAAGUCCCUCCAUCGCCGCUACCUCUCCGAACCCUUCCAAGAACCAUCGCAACCAGAGGCGGGCUCUCCCACUUCCCUUGGCUUCAAGAACACUCAUCUGUCAAGAACCACACGCGGAAGAGCUAGGAGAAGCCAGAAGAAGGAGAGUGGCGAGGGUGGAUUGAAGUUGGAAGCGGAGAAAGACAAUGGAUUGGAUAACUGUGCUCCGUCUGUGAGAUACAUUGUUCGUAGGCUCAUUCGCGAUGGAUGUUCGAGAGGCACCGCAAUGCCAAAAUCGUAUAUUGUUCCGUUGUUUGCUGUGCAAGCACCUGUAGAUGUCGUUUCCUGGAUCAAAGGUAGAUAUGGUGAGUGGACAACAUUCUUGGCACUUCUGAUUCGUGCAUUCUUCUAUAUUCCUGAGGCAGUAUGGUAGCAGAGGAUCCAUGCACAUGUUGCAGAGCUAUUUUUUUUUUACAAGUAUAGUAUUUUUGUCAAUUCCUAAAAUUUCAACCAAUUGUCAUGUUCCAAU